AUGGACGCCGAGGCCAACUCAAGUGAAAACCCUACUAUAAGGUCAAACUGCUGCGCCUCACUUUCGAUACACAAAUGCUCAGCAUGCUAUAAGCAAUACAAGAAGAAAGAACAUCUAAUUGAGCACAUGAAAACCUCAAACCAUUCUGUCCAUCAACCUAUGUGUGGGGUCUGUCAAAAGCACUGCAAAUCUUUUGAGUCUCUGAGGGAACAUCUUACUGGACCUUUGCCAAGGGGAGUUUGUUCGAAGAUUUUCUCUCAACAGGGCUGUCAACUUUGCUUAGUACUAUUUGAUAGUCCUGGGUCUCUCCUAGUUCAUAAAGAAACAUGUCGCGUAUAUGCCCCUACUCGUCUAGGAACAAGGGAACUGCCCUAUAUAGAUUCCCAAUUUGACUGUCCUUCUGAUGAAAAUCAUGUUGGCGGGGGCCCUGGGGGAGCAGUUGCAAUGGACUGUGAAAUGGUUGGUGGAGGAAGUGAUGGUUCUCUGGAACUUUGUGGAAGAGUAUGUUUGGUUGAUGAAGAUGAGAACUUAAUCUUUCACACUUAUGUACAGCCUCGAAUACCUGUUACUAAUUACAGAUAUGAUAUAACUGGAUUGACAGAAGAACAUCUCAGAAAUGCCAUGCCCCUAAAGGAAGUUCGAGAAAAAGUGUUGCAAAUUCUAUACAAUGGAGAAUCCUUUGCCAAAGUUAGACGAGAUGGUGGAAAGGCCAGGCUUCUUGUGGGGCAUGACUUAGCACAUGAUUUAGAUUGCUUGAAUAUGAAUUAUCCUGAUCAUAUGCUAAGAGACACUGCAAAGUACCGUCCCUUGAUGAAGACAAACUUGGUCAGCCAUUCGCUCAAGUAUCUCACCCGAACUUAUCUUGGUUAUGAUAUCCAAUUAGGCACUCAUGACCCGUAUGAAGAUUGUAUUUCUGUCAUGAGACUAUACAAGAGAAUACGAGCUCAAAUUCAUCCAGAGGAAGGCCAUGGAACAUUGACUCCUAGAAACAGUAUUGUUAGUCUGCCUGAUAGCUGGAGAUCCAGGGAACUUGACAACCUCACACCAGAUCAACUUUAUGCCAUGUCUAGAUCGGAUUACAAGUGUUGGUGCUUGGAUUUGAGGCCAAGAUUGAAGCAGGAAUCAGAUUUCACGGAAAACGAAAGCAAUGAAUUUCACUUCAUGGAUGGCAACCGACAUCUUUAG